CGCCCCGAGCCCCGCUCCGUCCCCGGCAGCCGUGGAGCGCACGGGGGGCACCGGGGUGCGCGGAGCGGGACCGCCCCGCCCUUCCGAAGCGAUGACCCCGCUUCCCGCAGGCAACGGCACCGUCUGGGGGGCGGCCGCCCCCGGCACCGUCCCCAAUUGCAGCUGGGCCGCCAUCCUGAGCCGGCAGUGGGCGGUGGGAGCCGCGCUGAGCAUCACCAUCCUGGUCAUCGUGGCCGGCAACCUGCUGGUGAUCGUGGCCAUCGCCAAGACGCCACGGCUGCAGACCAUGACCAACGUCUUUGUCACCUCGCUGGCCUGCGCAGACCUCAUCAUGGGCUUGCUGGUGGUGCCGCCGGGGGCCACCAUCCUGCUGAGCGGCCACUGGCCCUACGGCACGGUGGUGUGCGAGCUGUGGACCUCGCUGGACGUGCUGUGUGUGACGGCGAGCAUCGAGACGCUGUGCGCCAUCGCCGUGGAUCGCUACCUGGCCAUCACGGCACCGCUGCAGUACGAGGCGCUGGUGACCAAGGGCAGAGCAUGGGCUGUGGUGGGCAUGGUGUGGGCCAUCUCCGCCUUCAUCUCCUUCCUGCCCAUCAUGAACCACUGGUGGCGGGAUGGGGCGGACGAGCAGGCGGUGCGCUGCUACGAUGACCCACGCUGCUGUGACUUUGUCACCAACAUGACCUACGCCAUCGUCUCCUCCACCAUCUCCUUCUACGUGCCGCUGCUCGUCAUGAUCUUUGUCUAUGUCCGUGUCUUUGCCGUGGCCACGCGCCACGUCCAGCUCAUCGGCAAGGACAAGGUGAGGUUUCUGCAGGAGACCCCCAGCCCCAGUUCCAGGGGCGGGCGGCGGCGGCGGCCCUCCCGCCUGUUGGCCAUCAAGGAGCACAAAGCGCUCAAGACCCUGGGCAUCAUCAUGGGCACCUUCACGCUCUGCUGGCUGCCCUUCUUCGUGGCCAACAUCGUCAAGGUGUUCUGCCGGCCGCUGGUGCCCGACCAGCUGUUCCUCUUCCUCAACUGGUUGGGCUAUGUCAACUCGGCCUUCAACCCCAUCAUCUACUGCCGCAGCCCUGACUUCAGGAGCGCUUUCCGCAAGCUGCUGUGCUGCCCGCGCCGCGCCGACCGCCGGCUGCACGCCGUCCCACAGGACCCGCAGCACUGCCCCUGUGCCUUCAGCCCCCAUGGGGGGCCCAUGGAGGACAGCAAGGCAGCAGCCCCCGAGCGGCUGGGGGAGGACAGUGAAGUGCAUGGGAGCGGCAGGAGAGAGGAGAGUGCCUCAUCCCGUGGUGGUGGCCACCAGCAGCGGCCCCUGGGCGAGUGCUGGUUGCAGGGCACGCAGACCACGCUGUGCGAGCAGCUGGAUGAGUUCACCAGCAGAGAGAUGCCGGCGGGUCCCUCGGUCUGACUGGGAGCGGAGCAGAGUGGGGAGCACUG